AUGAGUGCCUUACUUAGACUGCUCCAGUUUACGAGUCUACUGACUUUAAAAUCAAUUUAUUGUCUUGAUGGGAGUUUGAACAGACCACCAUAUUUUGUGCCAGGCACCGGAGAUUUUUCAACAUUCAGCAUACCAGAGAACUUUCAAAUCGGCACAUCAGUGUAUAAACUCAAAGGUGUUGAUCCAGAAGGUAGAAAAGUUUCGUAUAGUAUUUCAGGGCCAUAUUUUUCCGUAGAACGAGACAGUGGGAUCGUUAAACUGAUAAAAGAACUUGACAGAGAAGAAGUAAGCGAAUUGGAAACGAUAAUUACAAUAACAGACGAGGCUGAUGAUGGAGAAGAACCAAACACCGUUUCAUUACGUAGAAUAAUUCCAAUUCGAGAUUUUAAUGAUAAUCGACCAACGUUUCUUGGCCGUCCGUAUAGUGUAAAAAUUGUUGAAACAUCAAAGAUUGGUCAAGUAUUGGAUAUGUCGCCCAUUAUUGUUAUCGAUAAAGAUGAAGGGAUAAACUCUGAAGUGUCAAUGACAUGCUUCAGAGAAACAAAUGAAGAAGUUGAUAGUCCAUGUGAUUAUUUUGAUGUGAUAACUAUAAAGAAAUCUGAAGGAAAUUACUUGGCUGAAUUACGACUUAUUAAGCCGGUGGAUUAUGAGAGUCGUAAGUCAUAUGUCUUAACAAUCUUAGCUCAAGAUGGAUCUCGUGAUAGUCCUUUGACAUCAAAUGCAACUGUCAACAUUAAUGUUAUUGAUGCACAAGAUCAACCGCCAGUCUUUUAUGGGGAACCAUAUUCUGUUGUUCUUCAGGAAAAUAUGGAACCGAAUGUCAUGGUUUUGGCAUUAAAUGUUUCUGAUGGUGAUUUUGGUGACCCAAAUGACAUUAUAAUGACACUUGAGAAAGAAAAGUUUGGCUAUUUUAAGCUGUUGAAGUCAGGGAAAGGUCAAGCGCAACUGGUAACAACUGACAAAAAGAUUGAUCGAGAAAAUCGUGAGAUUCUUGAAAAUGGUGGUUACUACACGUUUCAUGUUAAAGCAACAGAAGCUUUGAAGAAUCUCACGUUAGGAGAUUCAACGACAUCAGCGAUAACAGUGAUGAUUCAGGACAUCGAUGAUAAUGUGGCAGAGUUUAACAAACCAAGUUUUAAUUUGACAAUUCCUGAGAAUCUUGAGGUUGACACUGCGCUGCCGAGAUUGUCAAUAAUUGUCAAUGAUUUAGAUGCUGGUGUAAACAGUCGCUACAAUUUGACAAUUUCAAAUGUAAAGAAUUCUGAUGGAGUUUUCAACAUUUUUCCUAAAUCUGGGGAAGGAAGAACACAGGUUAUUGUUAAAGUGAAAGAUUCACAACGACUGGAUUACGACGUUGAUAGUAAUGACAAAAGAAUGUUUGUGUUCGAAAUUCUAGCAACUGUCAAUCAUUUGCCAGUUUCAUCAACACUUGUUGAAGUUCAUCUCGAUGGUGUCAAUGACAACUUUCCAAUCUUUGAUGAGUCAAAUUACCGACUUAGUGUUGAAGAGAAUUCUGAAAUUGGUUUGAACAUUGGCGACAUUCAUGCAACAGACAAAGAUGUAGGAAAGUUCGGUAAGCUGUCUUACAAUCUCAGAGGAUUUGGAGCGGAAAAUUUCGGGACUGAUGUUGAAAAUGGUGGAAUUUACGUAAAGAAAACCUUGGAUUACGAGCAUCAGAAGAGUUACAGUUUAUCGCUUAUUGCAAAAGACGGCGGUGGUCGUGAAAGCAACGCAAAUAUUUUUAUUGAUAUUUUAGACUUGAAUGAUAACUUCCCGCAAUUCGAAACGUAUGAAUAUUAUCGAAGCGUGAGAGAAGGCUCGAAGUCAUUUGAGCCACAGUUCUUCGUGAAAGCUUAUGAUGUCGAUGGAGCAACUCAAGGAAAUGGACAAAUUUCCUACAACAUCAAAUCAGAAAACUCAAUUUCCGGUCACGUUUUUAGUAUCAAUGAGGUGACUGGUGAGAUAUUCAUUUCAGACGCGGGCGUUCAUUCCAGUGAUACUUUUGACGGGAAUUAUGAGUUGAUGAUUUGUGCUGAAGAUUUUGGCCAUCCCCGACUGAAGAAUUAUACAAAAGUUAUCAUUCGAGUGGGCUCAGAAAAUCAACGACCGAUUUUCCAAGGACAUUUUGCAAGUGCAGUUGGAAGUUCCAUUCCUGGGCCACCAGUCUAUAGCAUUGAAAUUUCUGAAGAUUCAAAACCUGAAACAAAUCUCACAAUGAUUCAAGCAACAGAUCCCGAUGGCGAUGACAAGCUCUUGAAAUAUCGAAUUAUGGAUGGAACUGAUUCGUUCUCAAUUGAUGAAAAUUCUGGUGUCAUAAAAAUUUCACAAUAUGCUAGACUUGACCGUGAUGUCAAUGAUAAUUACGCAAUUGUUGUUCAUGCAAUCGAUUCUGGAGUUCCAAGUGAGACAUCGACAGCUACGAUUAAAGUUAAAAUUCUCGAUAUCAACAACAAAAAGCCAAAGUUUGAAAAGCAAUCGUAUACAGCUUAUGUGCCGGAAAGAAAUAAAGGUUUGAGGAUAUUAAAAGUAACGGCCAUCGAUUCCGAUCUAAAUUCGAAAUUGAAAUAUUCAAUUAUCGAGCCGGUUAUGGCAACAACGAAGGCAGGCUUCAAGUUGGAUCCAACGAACUUCAAUUACAAAUCAAUCUUUAAUAUCGAAGAAGAUUCUGGUGGAAUAAUUUUAAUGAAGAAUCUUGAGAACAGUGGACUAUAUUCAGUUACAUUGACGGUGAAAGCUCAAGAUGUGAAUGCUAUGAAUGGCAUUGAACAAGUUGAUAUCUGUGAAGUUAUUCUCUACGUUCAGUCUUACAAGGAAUCAGGUCCAAUAUUUCUUAACGAUGGUUGGAACAAUAUUGAGAAGAAAAUUCAUAUAAAAGUAAACGAAGAGACUGAAAUUGGUAAGGAGAUAAUAAAGCUUCAGGCACAAGAUCCCGAAACUCAAGAACAAAUCAAAGAUUUUGAAAUUGAGCCACCUGAUGGCUUCGGAUAUUUUAGACUUGUUGAAGAUAAAAUUAUUAUUCAACAACGAAUCGAUUAUGAGAAUAUUGAGAAAGAAAUAUUUAUCGUGGAAGUCAAAGCAAUUUCACCUUUUUCUGAUUCAUUUUCAUCAGCACAAUUAGUGAUUGAGAUCGUGAAUAUUAAUGACAAUAACCCUGCAUUUGAUAAAGAAUCCUACAAAGCUGCUAAACAAGCUUUGUUGAAAUUGCAAGUCGUUGCUGAAGAUUCAUUAGGUAAACCUUCAGUUGCACAUAAAACGUCAGUAACAGUUACAAUUGAAGUAUUGGAUGUGAAUGAUGUUCAACCAAAAUUUCUAAAUCGUCAGAAGGACGGAAUGAUCUCAGCUGUUGUUGCAGAAAGUUCACCAAUUGAAACUCUUGUAAUCAACCUUGAAGCUUAUGAUCCCGACGAUGGAUUAGCAGGAGAAGUUCAAUAUGAAAUCAUUGAUGAAGGUGACAUUGGUGGAUUAUUUGAAUUAAAUCCUAAAACUGGUGAAUUAAAGACAGCAAAACAAUUGACCGGAAGAGGUCGAUCAGAACCUUACGAGAUUAAAGUUCGCGCGAUUGAUAAAGGCAAUCAAAUUCCAAAACAACAAUCACUUUUUGUCGAUCAAAUUCUUCAAAUUUUCAUUGGCGACACAUUCAGUAACGAUGGCAUUCCUUACUUUAUUUCUUCAAAUGACGAAGAGGCAAAUGUUACUGAAAAUUUACCAAUUGGAAGCCGAGUUUAUCAGAUACAAGCAAAGGAUCCUGAUGACCCAACAACUCCAAGUGGAAUGCUUUUGUAUCGAAUUCAAAAUGACAUUGAAGAUGCAAAAUAUUUUAAAAUUGAAGCACUCUCUGGAAUCAUCACAACCACUCGUGUGUUAGAUCGCGAAGUGAAAGACAAAUACAACAUAAUCGUCGAAGUGUCGGACCAAGGCGAUCCGCCGCAAGCCUCGACACGCGUUUUAAAAAUCAAUGUGAUGGAUGUUGACGAUGAAGAUCCGCUUUUUAUGCGCGAUGUGAGUUCGAAGCCAAUUGAACUGAUGGUACUUGAAGAACAGUCAAGUGGAGUUAUUCUUGGUAACGUGACCGCUGUCGACAAAGACAUUAAAGACAAUGCUGCUAUUGAUUAUGAGAUUAUUGAUGGUAACGAGUUGGAGUUCUUCAAGCUUGUUGUCACUAACAACACCGCAUUUGUGACCACAACGAAGCCGAUUGAUCGAGAGAAGUUUGAGAAGUUUUUGUUGAUUGUUAAGUGUAUGAAGAAGUCGUUGAGAUGGCAAAGGAAAAAAGAAGCUUAUUCCCGACUUUACGAUUCUGAAGACUUUUCUGAAAUUCAAGUUCUUAUUUAUGUGAUUGAUAUCGAUGACCAUCUUAUAGAAUUUGAAAAAGAUUCUUACUCCAUUGGAAUUCGAAAUACAAUUCCGCUCAAUACACUCAUUUAUUCAGUGAAAGCACAUGACGCUGACUCCGGAAGUUUAGCAAUCUUUUACCAAGUUUUAAACUCAACUUUUGUGUCACAAUUUCAUCGUAGAAAGGAUGAAAAGUUUAAGGAAAAUUUGUCAGACAUCUUUGAGCUUAAUAACAGAACUGGUGAGAUAAUUCUCGCAAAGUCAGUGUCGGACUUUGUCGAUGGUCAUUUUGUGUUACAUAUUAGAGCGACAAACACACGUUACAAUGACGUAAUUGUAAACAUUUUCAUUGUCAGAGACAAAUCGAUAAUGAAAUUUGUCUUUUCACGACCACCCAUGGACAUGGCGCCAAUGCUAUCAAAAUUCUCUGACAAAAUUCAUGAAAAUUUGAAUGGAACUGAAAUUAUGAUUUCAAUGUUUGAUGCGCAAGUUUUAAGUAAACCUGAUCAAAUAUUUGAUUUCAGUUCCACAAGUUCAUGCUUCAUGACAUUCCGAAAUGGAAAUUUGCUUUCAUUGGCCGACACGCAAAAAAUCAUGAACAGUGAAGAUAUUAAGAAUAAACUUCGAGAAACUUAUCUUGAAUAUUCUGUCGACUCCCUUGGCUUAUGUUCAUUCGGAAGAGAAGUGAAAAAUCAAAGUCUUAACAUGACAUCAUCAGGCACUUGGUUGGUUUUCUUGGCUUUUCUUGUGCUGGUUGCGUCACUUGUCUCAACUUUAACUGCUUGCUGUUUAUUCAGAAAACCGAACUCCAUCAUGAAAUCUCCAAUCUUACAACAAAGAAUCUCAAGUCCCGACAUUUAUAACGUGAACGAUGGAGCAGUCAUCUACACCGAGCCUAUUUAUACAGUAAUAUAUGUGAUAAAUUAA